AUGUCGCUCUGUCUCACCUUUAUCGACUUGAAGAAGUCUUUCGACUCAGUUGAGACGGAAGCGGUAGUGGAAGCCUUGGACAACCAACGUGUCCCUACUCAGUACAUAAAGGUACUUCGAGAGUUGUACAGUGACUUCACGACCAGAAUUUCGCCAUUUUACAAGAAUAUCGUCGUAGACGUGAAGAGGGUGGUCCGACAGGGUGAUACACUCUCACCCAAAAUAUUCACAGCCACCUUCGAGAACGCAAUGCGAAAGUUGGAAUGGGACGACAUGGGAGUGAAGGUUGAUGGUCGGCAGCUACACCAUUUGUGCCUUGCUGAUAACAUCGUGCUGAUAACACCUAGUAUCAGCCAAGAGGAACGAAUGCUGACCGAAUUCGACGAAACAUGUAGAUGCAUCGGUCUUCAGCUGAAUCUACAAAAGACGAUGUUCAUGCGCAAUGGGUCUCGGAUGCCCCAUUCACGCUCAACGGAACGAACAUAUCCGAAAGCACCAGCUACGUUUAUCUGGGUCGGGAAUUGA